CAAACAGAGAUCCCUUUCAGUUACUCACUUUAAUAACCUGUAUCACCUAAGAAAACAGAGUGAAUACACUUGCAUUUCCCUUCAUCUUCCACUUCCUCAUUUCUCACCUCUCUCUCUACAAUAUGUCCAUAAUCCAUGAGAAAUCCCCCAAGCACUGCGCAGAGAAGCAAACAACAAAAAUACUCAACAAAUCAAAGAAGAAGCUCUUGUUCUGCGCGUCGACGUUCUUCCUCUGCAUCCUCUGCCUCAUACUCCUCUGUUUCAUCCUACACCCCUCCAAUCCCCACUUCUCUCUCACACAAGUUGACAUCAAUCACCUUAACAUAACAUCACCAUCACCCUUCCUCAACUCCUCCAUCAACCUCACUCUCCUAUCCACCAACCCUAACAAGGGAAUCGGAAUCUACUACGACGGAUUCCUCCUACACGCUUCCUACAACAGCCAGGCCAUCACUCUCGCCACCAGUGUUCCACCAUUCUUUCAAGAUCAUCAACAUCCCAACCUCCUCAACGCCUCGUUGCUCGGUAACCACCACCAUGUCGUCCCUUCUCUAGCUGCCGAAAAACUGCCGUUGGGUUUCACAGCCACCGGCAGCCUCAGGUGGAAAGUGGGGAAUUGGAUUUCUAAGAGAUAUGUUUUCAGUGUAGAUUGUGUGACUGUUUUGCCGUUGGGACGUAGAGAUUCGACUCUCUUGCCUUCCAAACAACCCACAGUUUGUUCUACUUCGUUCUGAAAUCUUACAUUCUUGAAUCUCCAUUGUGAUAUGCCCUUGGUUGUUUAUCAGCAAUAAGCUUUCUUCUUCAACAUUUUUUAUCAUUAAAUUUAAUACUAUUGUUUACUAUAAAUCUGUAUGUAUACAAUUAGUGAUUGUGCAUCGUA